UUUUUUAUUUAUUUUAACUUGAAUUAAUGUUUCCGAUAUAGAUGUGGUAACUAGUGGAAACGGUACUACUUCCGCAAAAUCUUUGCGACACCCUGUCAUAUUCAAACAUGGCUUCGUCUAGGUUAGAAAUAAAUUUUAUCCGAUUAUUGUCCCGCUGCGAAUCUAUAGCUUCGGAGAAGCGAGUGGAAACGGAAUGGAGGUUGGAAAAGUAUGUUGGUGCUCUUGAGGAGAUGUUGGUGGCUUUGAGGAAAAGUCCAAGCAAACCCACAGUAGAGGUGAUGACAGACUACACACGAAAGGUUGACUUCUUGAAAGGACUUCUAGAAGCAGAGAAACUGUCGGGGACAGAGAAAGCCCUGGCCAAUCAGUUCCUAGCUCCUGGACGCACCCCCACCAUAGCCAAUGAGAGGAUGCCAGUCAGUAAGACAGUUCACAUGCAGACCAAAGCCCGGUGCACAGGGGAGAUGAGGAACGAGCUGUUAGGCACUGGUCUGUCGAACAAAGGAAACUUGGAAACAGACUUGCGAAACAGAAGGGGUUUGGUGCUGGAUGAAAGGCAGUCAGCAGCUGAGCUGGAUGCAGUGCUGCAGCACCACCACAACCUACAGGAGAAGUUGGCUGAAGACAUGCUGAACCUGGCCCGCAACCUGAAGAACAACACGCUGGUGGCCCAGAACAUUAUCAAACAGGACAACCAGACCCUGACCCAGUCUAUGCGGCAGGCACAGCUGAGGAUCUGAUCUAAUAGUUAUCUGUUUCUCUCCUCUGUCACUCAGACCCUGACCCAGUCUAUCCGUCAGCCACAGCUGAGGAUCUGAUCUAAUAGUUAUCUGUUUCUCUCCUCUGUCACUCAGACCCUGACCCAGUCUAUGCGGCAGGCACAGCUGAGGAUCUGAUCUAAUAGUUAUCUGUUUCUCUCCUCUGUCACUCAGACCCUGACCCAGUCUAUGCGGCAGGCACAGCUGAGGAUCUGAUCUAAUAGUUAUCUGUUUCUCUCCUCUGUCACUCAGACCCUGACCCAGUCUAUCCGUCAGCCACAGCUGAGGAUCUGAUCUAAUAGUUAUCUGUUUCUCUCCUCUCUCACUCAGACCCUGACCCAGUCUAUGCCUCAGCCACAGCUGAGGAUCUGAUCUAAUAGUUAUCUGUUUCUCUCCUCUGUCACUCAGACCCUGACCCAGUCUAUGCGGCAGGCACAGCUGAGGAUCUGAUCUAAUAGUUAUCUGUUUCUCUCCUCUGUCACUCAGACCCUGACCCAGUCUAUCCGUCAGCCACAGCUGAGGAUCUGAUCUAAUAGUUAUCUGUUUCUCUCCUCUCUCACUCAGACCCUGACCCAGUCUAUCCGUCAGCCACAGCUGAGGAUCUGAUCUAAUAGUUAUCUGUUUCUCUCCUCUGUCACUCAGACCCUGACCCAGUCUAUGCGGCAGGCACAGCUGAGGAUCUGAUCUAAUAGUUAUCUGUUUCUCUCCUCUCUCACUCAGACCCUGACCCAGUCUAUCCGUCAGCCACAGCUGAGAAUCUGAUCUAAUAGUUAUCUGUUUCUCUCCUCUCUCACUCAGACCCUGACCCAGUCUAUGCGGCAGCCACAGCUGAGGAUCUGAUCUAAUAGUUAUCUGUUUCUCUCCUCUGUCACUCAGACCCUGACCCAGUCUAUGCGGCAGGCACAGCUGAGGAUCUGAUCUAAUAGUUAUCUGUUUCUCUCCUCUCUCACUCAGACCCUGACCCAGUCUAUCCGUCAGCCACAGCUGAGGAUCUGAUCUAAUAGUUAUCUGUUUCUCUCCUCUCUCACUCAGACCCUGACCCAGUCUAUGCGGCAGGCACAGCUGAGGAUCUGAUCUAAUAGUUAUCUGUUUCUCUCCUCUCUCACUCAGACCCUGACCCAGUCUAUGCGGCAGGCACAGCUGAGGAUCUGAUCUAAUAGUUAUCUGUUUCUCUCCUCUCUCACUCAGACCCUGACCCAGUCUAUCCGUCAGCCACAGCUGAGAAUCUGAUCUAAUAGUUAUCUGUUUCUCUCCUCUCUCACUCAGACCCUGACCCAGUCUAUCCGUCAGCCACAGCUGAGGAUCUGAUCUAAUAGUUAUCUGUUUCUCUCCUCUCUCACUCAGACCCUGACCCAGUCUAUCCGUCAGCCACAGCUGAGAAUCUGAUCUAAUAGUUAUCUGUUUCUCUCCUCUCUCACUCAGACCCUGACCCAGUCUAUGCGGCAGCCACAGCUGAGGAUCUGAUCUAAUAGUUAUCUGUUUCUCUCCUCUGUCACUCAGACCCUGACCCAGUCUAUGCGGCAGGCACAGCUGAGGAUCUGAUCUAAUAGUUAUCUGUUUCUCUCCUCUCUCACUCAGACCCUGACCCAGUCUAUCCGUCAGCCACAGCUGAGGAUCUGAUCUAAUAGUUAUCUGUUUCUCUCCUCUCUC